GACAGAUUAAAAACCACUGCAAACUUCCUGCUCACCCACAGCAGGUGCAAGAGCAUCGUUGAAGCAGCUGUCUGAGUAAGAUUUGAUUCCUGCGUUCCCUGAGUUCUAAGGAGUUCUUUGAGAAGGACUCCUGAUUUUAUCUCUGACGUCAUCAUGAUGAGAUUGUCUCCAGUUUUCCGACAUAUGCUGGUGUUCAUAUCAGUCCUGUCACUCACUAGAGUACAAACAACAGCAACAGCAGCAAUAUUUUACCCAUUCGGCUCGGCAGCAGGAGACACAAACAAUCCUGCUGUUGAUGAUGGAAGCUCCUCAGUUAUUCAGCUGCUGAGUCCAUUUCUGUUCUUUGGUCGCACAUACCAGCAGAUUUAUGUGAAUAAUAAUGGAUAUCUCACAUUUAACCAGCCUUCAUCAGCAUAUACUCCCUACAGAUUUCUUGCUAGGGGAAGCCAAGAUAUAAUUGCUGGUCUCUGGACUGACCUUGACAACCGUCAAAGAGGUGUUGUUUCAUAUCAUCAGUACACCAGUGGAAAUGUACUCACACGUGCCACUCAAGAUAUAAACACACAUUUCCCAAGUCUGACCUUCAGCGCUUCUUGGGUCUUUGUUGCAACAUGGGAUAAAGUCGCUUACUACAGCUUAACCACCACAGAAACAUCUUUUCAAGUGGUUUUAAUUUCAGGUGGUUAUUUUUCAUUUAUUCUGAUGAAUUACGGUGACAUUGCUGUAACAUCACAUCCAGUGGAGGCUGGUUAUGACACGGUAAACUCCACACACUACUUUGUGAUUCCUGGAUCAAACAGUGGCAGCUCCAUCUUAAACCUCAAGAGCUCCAGUAAUGUCAGUGUUUCAGGACUAUGGGCCUUCAAGGUGGAUGGUGGACAACCUCAAGUAAACCCCACAUCGUCAACCACCACAGUCUCAACAGCCACUGUAACAGUGACUGCAGAGUCAUGGACAGCACCACAAAUAUUCUACCCAUUUGGCUCAGCAGCAGGAGACAAAAGCAAUCCUGUCAAUGAUGAUGAAAGCUCUUCUGUUAUUCAGCUGUUGAGUCCAUUUCUGUUCUUUGGUCGCACAUACCAGCAGAUUUAUGUUAAUAACAAUGGAUAUCUCACAUUCAGCCAGCCUUCAUCACAACAUUUUCCCUAUUCAUUUCCCGCUAAUGGAAGCCAAGAUAUAAUUGCUGGUCUCUGGACAAACCUUAACAACUAUGUGAGUGGUGUUGUUUCAUAUCAACAGUACGCUAAUGGAAGUGUACUUACACGCGCCACUCAGGAUAUAAACACACUUUUCCCAAAUGUGACUUUCAAUGCUUCUUGGGUCUUUGUUGCAACUUGGGAUAAAGUCGCUCACUUCAGCUUAAGCAGUACAGAAACAUCGUUUCAAGUGGUUUUAAUUUCAGAUAGUAAUUUUUCAUUUAUUCUGAUGAAUUAUGGUGACAUUGCUGUAACAUCACAUCCAGUGCAGGCUGGUUAUGACACGGUAAACUCCACAGGCUACUUUGUGAUUCCUGGAUCAAACAAUGGGAGCUCCAUCUCAAACCUCAGCAACACCAGUAAUGUCAAUGUUACAGGCCGAUGGGCCUUCAGGGUGGACAGUGGACAACACAGCAUCUCUGAAGAAACCACCACACUGGCAACCACAUCAGUAGGCAUUACAACAACACCUGCAACAACAACAACGCUGGCAGCACAAGCAUUAUUUUACCCAUUUGGCUCAGCAGUAGGAGACACAAGAAAUGCUGCUACUGAUGAUGGAAGCUCCUCACUUAUUCAGCUGUCGAGUCCAUUUCUGUUCUUUGGUCGUACAAACCAGCAGAUUUAUGUUAAUAACAAUGGACAUCUCACAUUGAACCAGCCUUCAUCACAGAAUGUUCCAGACAUUCCUUCUUAUGGAAGACAAGAUAUAAUUGCUGGUCUCUGGACAAACCUUGACAACAGUGUGAAAGGUGUUGUUUCAUAUAAUCAGUACACCAGUGGAAAUGUUCUCACACGCGCCACUCAGGAUAUAAACACACAUUUCCCAAAUCUGAACUUCACUGCCUCUUGGGUCUUUGUUGCAACGUGGGAUAAAUUGGCUUACUUCAACUUAACCAGCACAGAAACAUCAUUUCAAGUGGUUUUAAUUUCAGGCAGUAAUUAUUCAUUUAUUCUGAUGAAUUAUGGUGACAUUGCAGUAACUGGACAUCCGGUGCAGGCUGGAUAUGACACAAUAAACUCCACACACUACUUUGUGAUUCCUGGAUUCAUCUCAGACCUCAGGAACUCCAGUAAUGUCAAUGUUCCCGGUCGAUGGGCCUUCAGGGUGGACGGUGAACCCAGAAACAGCAUCCUGAAAUACAAAAUUGUUGGAUUUCGAGUGAGACUUUCCUCAUUUUCAGACCUAACACAGAGUGGAAACACUGAAAUGGUUUUACAGCGAAUAAAACAGGAGCUGGUCAAGUACGGUUUGCCAAACAGCAUCGAGCUGAAGUUAAGACAACUGCAAAAGAUAAAGCCAGGAAAAGAUCUUAACUUUGACUUCAUCAUCAUGAGACUGUCUCUGGUUUCACAACAUCUGCUGGUGUUCAUAUCACUCCUGUCACUCACCAGGGCACAAACAACAACACCUACAACACCAACAUCUGCAACAACAUCUGACCCCUGCCACAGCUACACUGUGUUGGAUGAACCUUGGAGAUCCCCAGACAAUCGAUAUUCUUCCCAACUAAUGUGUGAUGCUGAUCGCAGCAGCUGGGCCGGCUGGUAUCGUCUCUUCAUUUAUGGUCAGAGUGCUCAGAUGCCAGAAACGUGUGUUGAUUGGAAAAGUUGUGGCACUUAUAUUCCGAUGUGGCUGAAUGGAAGACAUCCAACGGUUGAGGAUAGAGUGGUGACCCGUAGUGUCUGCGGUAGCCACAUGUAUGGCUGCUGCUUAUUCCCAUCCAAAGCCAUUAGAGUCAAAGCCUGUCCAGGAGGUUAUUAUGUCUAUGAGUUUGUGAAGCCAGUUUCCUGUUUGUCAUAUUGUGCAGGACAAGGAAUACUCUACUCAUUCGGCUCAACAGUGGGAGACACAAACAAUCCUGCUGCUGAUGAUGGAAACUCCUCUGCUAUUCAGCUGUUGAGUCCAUUUCUUUUCUUUGGUCGCACAUACGAGCAGAUUUAUGUGAAUAAUAAUGGACAUCUCACAUUUAACCAGCCUUCAUCAGCAUAUACUCCCUACUCAUUUCCCGCUAAUAGAAGCCAAGAUAUAAUUGCUGGUCUCUGGACAAACCUUGACAACAGUGUGAAAGGUGUUGUUUCAUAUAAUCAGUACACCAGUGGAAAUGUUCUCACACGCGCCACUCAGGAUAUAAACACACAUUUCCCAAAUCUGACCUUCACCGCUUCUUGGGUCUUUGUUGCAACGUGGAAUAAAGUGGCUUACUACAGUUUCACCAACACAGAAACAUCAUUUCAAGUGGUUUUAAUUUCAGGCAGUAACUAUUCUUUUAUUCUGAUGAAUUAUGGUGACAUUGCUGUAACUGGACAUCCAGUGGAGGCUGGUUAUGACACAAUAAACUCCACACACUACUUUGUGAUUCCUGAAUCAGUUAAUGGGAGCUUCAUCUCAAACCUCAGAAACUCCAGUAAUGUCAAUGUUCCCGGUCGAUGGGCCUUCAGGGUGGACAGCAGACCAAGAAUCUUGAAAUACAGUGUAGUUGGAUUUUGGAUAAGACUUUCCUCAUAUUCAGACCUAACACAGAGUGGAACCUUUGAAAUGGUUUUACAGCGAAUAAAACAGGAGCUGGUCAAAUACGGUCUGCCUAACAGCACUGAGCUACAGUUAAGAAAGCUGCAAAAGAUAAAGCCGUAAUCUCCUUCUGGAUAUAAGUAAAAACUAGUUCAUUUAGCAUCUUACAGCAAAUAUCCCUGAUGACUGAUGAUGCAAAAGCUUCAGUUUUUCAUUAAGAAAAGACUUGAUAUUGACAGGUUUCCAUUAGUUGAACUGAUUACCCUGCCAUAAAUGGACGCUCCAACAUCAGCCCAGUUCUGCCGUGAGGUAAAAGUGUACUAUUGGGUUAUGACCCUUAUUCAGGUAUGUUGAUUUACAUAUAAACCGACUGUGACCUGAAGUGUAAAAAUUUACUACGAACUGUUGGUAUGAGGGAACAGUUUCCUUGAUUCUGAUUGUUGUCGAGAUUAUAGCAGUAAACAAAGAGACUCUGAACACAAGUGUAAACAAGUAUAAAUUAUUUUUUUUUUUUUACAUUUCCAUUGGUCAAUUCACAUGUGAAGAGUUUAUUUGUGUUUCUUUAUUCCCUGUUAUUCUUGUGUUUUCUUUGUGCCUACCAACACUAAAAAUAAACCGAAACUUCUGUUAUCUUGGAGUAGGGGCAUUCCUCCUGUCUUGUGGGCUGAUAGAGGGAAAGAAGGGUUAAUAUUACUUUUUAUUCAGGGAGCUACCGUGUAUGUUAUUAAAUCCCAGAGCCUCAAUCCUCAUCAGUCGCUACUGCAAAAGACAGUGGCAUAUUAAGCAAGGCUGGUAAAAACAUACUUAAAUACAUAAGUAUAGGAAUUAAAUGUACUAGGGGUGGAAGACCUAGAUCUUGUCAUUUCCCUAGUCUUCCAAGAUACAUUGCAGAAUAUAAUCUUACCCCUACGUUGUAGUGAAAAUCCCCGCUACACUAAUAAACGUUCUACGUUUUUAUUUUAUUUGGUUACAUCCGGCACCGAGAAAAGAAAACGUAAAAAAGCCAAGAUGAUGCCAGUGUAUCACUUUCAGGUGCGUUCAUAUUCCUGAAAAACGUUUUUGGCUGUUGACGUUAAUAACGUGUUUUAAUGUCGGUAAUAAUUUUACCACCAAUGCACCUGCCUUACUAGUUAGUUUCCAUGGCUUAAAAUGCAUUAACCUAUAUAAAAACAGUGAGGCAAUAAUGAUCGGUUAAUUAAAAAAUAUAGUUUCAUUAAAUAACACUGUUAAAAUACAUAAUGUGGGCUAAUACGAAAAAAACAAUUUAUGUACAUUAAAUAUUAUUACAAAUGCCUGCAAAGGGCGCCAAAGGCCUAAUAAUUGUUGUUGUUACACUUACAGGACGAUCUAAUCCUUGUUUUGUUUUGUUUUUUUGACAUUUUGGCAGCUUUUUGCUUCACAAGGUGGACUGUGGAUUACGUGAGGAUUGCUUUAAUGUUUUUAAUCAGCUGUUUUGACUCCCAUUAUGAGGGCACCUGAAGUGAUGGGAUACUACAUUUCUCCAAAUCUGUUUUGAAAGCAAAGUCAUCACGUAACCUGUCAUGCUGUAAUCUUAAGAUCUAAAUGUCAGAGGAAAAAUUCCUUUCAUUUCAGCAGAAUGUUUCUUAUAAACACAGGUCUGGGACACAUUUAAAAAUUAAAUGCAAAGUUCCUGCUAACACACAGUAGGUACGAGAGCCUGUUAGAAGCUGUCUGAGGUAAGUCAAAUCUUUCUCUAUAUUGUUAAGCUACAGUUGAGAUGACACGAUGUAAACAAUAUGGCAAACAAAAAACUGUUUAUGAUUUUAUAAAACCACAAUACAAUAUAAAACAUUACUGUUCAAUAAAUAUUUAUCUUUAUGCACUGCUAAUCAAAAGUUUUUAAACAGUAAGAAUUUUAAUGUUUUUAAAGAAGUCUCUUCUGCUUUGGAUUUAUUUGAUCCAAAGUACACUGGAGUAAUGAUGCUAAAUAUUCAGCAUUGAAAUCAAAGGAAUAAAUUACAUUUUAAAAUAUAUUCAAAUAGAAAACAGUUAUAUUAAGUAGUACAAAUAUUUCAGACUUUUACUGUUUUUGCUGUACUUUGGAUCAAAUAAAUGCAGGCUUGGUGAGCAGAAGAGUCUUUUGACUGGUAGUGUAUAUAAAACUCAGAAUGAAAUAAUUCUACUGCCAAGUCCAUAUAGGUGUAAUUUAAAAUAAUUGUUUUUGUUUUCACUUUAUUUUGAUGGUCUCUUUAAUAGAUUUUGUUGACUAUACGUAACAUUGCAUCUACAUGUCUACUAACUCUCAUUAGAGUGUUAGUAGAGUAUUUGUAGACUGGUAGGGUUAGGGUUAGAAUAAGUUGACAUGUUGCAAAGUUGCAAAGUUACUUAUAGUCAGUAGAAUGUCUGUUGGGAGACCAUCACAAUAAAGAGUUAGCAGAUAUUAAGCAAACAGGCUACUAAUACUCUAAUGAGAGUUAGUUGAUAUGUAGGUGCGACAUUACUUAUUGUCAACAAAAUGUUCAAAAGGGUGCAUUAAAAUGAAGUGUCACCCUGUUUUCUAUUCAAAUAUAUUUUAAAAUGUAAUUUAUUCUUGUGAUUAAUGCUGAAUUUUCAGCGUCAUUAUUCCAGUCUUCAU